AUGUUCCCUGUUGGCCGUGACUCACACGAGCUCUCACAGUUCCUACAUACACACUCAAAAAGCUCUAUUAUGGGGAAGUUUUACGACUCAAUUCCUGAGUCGUUCAUUCCAUGGAUUAAUGAACAACAUUGUUUCUGGGUUGCAACCGCUCCUAUCUCUGCAAACGGACAUGUCAACGUAUCUCCAAAAGGGAUGACAGGUACAUUCAAAUUAUUAGGUCCGAACGCAUGUUUCUAUCAAGACUUGUCGGGUUCGGGUGUGGAAACGAUCUCCCAUCUGCGAAUUGUACACGAACUAGGGAGCCCUCGCUACGAAGAGCUUAUUCCGCUAUCGGACCGCCUUCCCGGUUCACGAGCAGCGAUUGAGGUCCAGAUUCACAAGGUCGGAAGUUCAUGCGGGUACUCGGUACCUUUCUACGAGUACACCGGGGAGCGGACACUUUUGUGCGACGUUAUGCGACCUCGCGAACAACGAGAUGCUGAUGGAUGUCCCGAAGAACUCAAAAGUGGCAACUACGGAUCCAUUUGCCCACCUCAAGCCGACUCCAGCGUAUCCACUUUCAGAAGACUUGGUGCCGGAGAAGAGCUUGCCACUCAUACAUAUACCUCAUACACCAUGCCCAGCAUCUUCGAGUACAGCUUUGAGGACCACGGCCACAAAUUCGGCACCAAGUUUUCUACUGGCCUUCUCAUUGGCGGUGAAUUCGUUGAUGGUAGCAACAACAGUACCAUCGAUGUCAUCAACCCAACCACUGGAAAGCUCAUCACAAAGAUCAGCGAGGGUACUGAGAAGGAUGUCGACCGUGCAGUCCAGGCAGCCCAAAAGGCGUACGAUACAGCCUGGGGCCUGAAUGUGUCUGGUGUCCAACGUGGCAAGAUCCUAAUCAGGAUUGCUGAACUUAUCGAGCGCGAUAUCGACGAAAUUGCUGCAGUCGAGGCUCUUGACAACGGCAAGGCUUUCACCAUCGCCAAAGGCUUCGAUGCUUCCGAGGCUGCUGCCUGCUUCCGCUACUACGGCGGAUGGGCCGACAAGCACCACGGAAAGGUUGCUGAGAUCGAUGAUAGCCGCCUGGCGUAUACUCGCCAUGAGCCGAUCGGAGUUGUUGGACAGAUCAUUCCAUGGAACUUCCCGCUGCUGAUGUUUGCAUGGAAGCUUGCACCAGCUCUGGCGACCGGUAACACGAUCAUCAUCAAGCCAUCUGAGUUCACACCUCUGUCUGCUCUUCGUGUUGCUGCACUGUUCAAGGAGGCUGGUCUUCCGGAUGGUGUUGUCAACGUUGUUCCUGGAUAUGGCCAAACUGUUGGUGCUGCCAUCUCUUCGCACAUGAAAAUCGAAAAGGUUGCCUUCACUGGCUCUACCGCUGUUGGCCGUACCAUCAUGAAGGCUGCAGCAGCAAGCAACCUGAAGAACGUGACGCUCGAGCUCGGUGGAAAGAGCCCGAACAUCAUCUUCAACGAUGCUGACCUUGAGGCUGCUGUUCGCUGGGCUGCAUUCGGCAUCUUCUUUAACCACGGACAAACCUGCUGCGCAGGCUCCCGUGUCUUUGUUCAGUCCGGUGUCUACGACAAGUUUGUUGAAUUGUUCACUGCGCACGUCAACAAGCUCAAGGUCGGCGACCCAUUCAAAUCUGAGACCUUCCAGGGUCCUCAGGUCUCACAGAUCCAAUUCGAUCGCAUCAUGGGUUACAUUGAGUCCGGAAAGUCCCAGGGUGCGACUGUCGCAACUGGAGGGGAACGUAUCGGCAACGAGGGCUACUUCAUCCAGCCCACCGUCUUCACCGACGUCAAGCCCGACAUGAAGAUCAUCCAGGAGGAGAUCUUUGGACCCGUCGUAGCGAUCGCCAAGUUCGAGGAUGAGGCGGACAUCAUCCGUCAGGCAAACGACUCGAUCUAUGGUCUCGCUGCUGCGGUGUUCUCUCGUGAUAUCUCCCGGGCAUUGGAUGUUGCACACAAGCUGCACGCCGGCACAGUGUGGGUGAACUGCUACAACAAGCUGAACAACCAGAUGCCGUUUGGAGGGUUCAAGCAGAGCGGUAUUGGGCGUGAGCUCGGCGAGUACGCCUUGGCAAACUACACCAGCGUCAAGGCCGUGCACGUUAACUUGACCGAGCCUGCACCAUGA